AUGUCGGCAUACGGCGCCAUUCUCAGCAAGAGUGGAUCCGAACCCCUCCCUUCUACUCAAUGGCAGCUGCAGGGCAAGGGCGGACCAUCAGCAGCCGCUCCGAACUAUGUCACUAUCCACCAUCUCACUCUUUUGGAGGCUCGCACUCUUCCGGGGCUAGUUGAAUACCUUCAUGGGGUCUUCGCAGACGAGCUGCUGCGAGGAAUGACCUACCCGCAAGAGAUCCUCUCCGGCGAGGUUUACACGCAGGAGCAAUUUGAAGCGUACUACUUCGCCGCCGACGUCCUCGUUGCCGUCCUCGGAAACGAAGGUGAAGCCGCGGGGGAGAAUGCCGAGCCGUCUCGCUAUACUGUUGUUCCGUAUGGAAUCGAAGAGGCACGCAGCGGUCGGCAGUGGGAAGAGUGUGUUGCAGGCUGCUAUUAUGUCAAACCAAACUAUCCUGGUCGAUCAUCGCACAUCUGCAACGCCGGCUUUCUCGUACCGGUCUCGCAGCGCGCAAAGGGCGUCGGCAGGGUGCUUGCCCGCUCUUACCUUUACUAUGGGCCGCGUCUCGGAUACGAAGCCAGUGUCUUCAACCUGGUCUACGUCAAUAAUGUUGCCAGUGUCCGACUUUGGGAGGCUCUCGACUUUAUCAAGGCAGGGCUCAUUCCCCGUGCGGGGCGUCUCAAGAAAGCGGACGGAUCUGGUGAGGAGUACGUAGAUGCCUGGGUGUUCUAUCGCCGCUUCGACAAGGAGAGCUAG